UCCCUCCUCUCUCCCCAGGUGAACGAAGCUUCGCUGAAGCAGAAGCCGAAGACGGAGUUCUGCUUCGUCAUCAACGCCGUCUCCCGCCGCUACUUCCUCCAGGCCAACGACGCGGUGGACAUGAAGGACUGGGUGGCCGCCCUGAACCAGGCCAGCAAGAUCACCGUCCCCAAGGGAGGUCUGCUGCCCCUGGGGUCAGAGGUCAGCGCCGUGGUCAGAGACCCCCACGCCGGCAAGAGACAGCAAGCCUACAAGACGGAGAUCAUAGGGGGGGUGGUCGUGCACACCCCCAUUCAGAAUGAGGGGGAGGAGGGGGACGGGCGGAGGGGGACCAGGCCAGGUGUUCUGAGGUGUGGAUACUGCGUCAAACAGGGCAACGUGAGGAAGAGCUGGAAGCGUCGGUUCUUCACCCUGGACGACAGCGCUGUCAGUUACUACAAGUGUGAGACGGACAAGGAGCCGCUCAGAGCCAUUCAGCUGAGGGAUGUUCAGAAGGUCCACGAAUGUCUGGUCAAAUCUGGGGAUCUUCUGCUGAGGGACAACCUGUUUGAGAUCAUCACCAGCAGCAGGGUCUUCUACGUGCAGACGGACUCCCCGGAGGAGAUGAGGGGCUGGAUCCGGGACAUCGAGGGGAAGAUCCUGGGCUUCAGGGGCCCCGCUCAGGGCCCCCCAUUCCAGCGCGGCUCCUCCCUGUACCGCAGCGCCCAAGGCCCCCCCCCGGAGGACUGGAGGCCCCAGCUCCUGAAGUCCUGCUCCGUGGCCCCCGGCUGGCAGCCCUGGACCCCGCUGCCCAAGCGAGGGGCCCCCGCCCUGGACCCCGACGAGGGGCCGGGCCCCUUCGGCCCCCUGACGGUCGGGCCCUCCCUCUCCUCCUCCUCCAACUCCUCCUCCUCCUCCUCCUCCAACUCCCUCUCCGCCGCCCCGCCCCCCCCCGGCCCGGCCGACGCCCCCCCGGCCCCGCCCGAGGGGGGGGUCUUCUCCCGGGCGUGGUCCAGCGGGCGGCGCCGCCACCGCUCCCAGCCCUCCGCCGGCCACGCCUUCCCCUUCAGCCUGGACGAGGACGGCAUCCGCACCACCGACGUCUAGACACGCCUUCCCCUUCAGCCUGGACGAGGACGGCAUCCGCACCACCGACGUCUAGACACGACGUCUGCCCCGCGCGGCAGGACUGUCUGCCCCGCGGAGGGACUAUCUGCCCCCGAGCGUGACUAUCUAGCUGCCCCACGCUACAGAACUAUCUGCCCCAGGGCGUGUCUAUCUGCCCCAGGGCGUGACUAUCUGCCCCAGGGCGUGUCUAUCUGCCCCCGAGCGUGACUAUCUAGCUGCCCCACGCUACAGAACUAUCUGCCCCAGGGCGUGUCUAUCUGCCCCCAGGGCGUGCGGACUGCAGGACCCUCGCACUUUUGCUGUUAAUAAUAUCUUUGUGUUUUUGCGUGGAUGAAUGUGGCUUCUUCUUCUCUUUUCCUUUUAAGAAUACGCCCCGAUGUAGCGCUGACACUGUGACGUCAGCCUUAGUACCAGGCCCCACUGUGGCCCCCUGCUGGGGCCAGGGGCCAACUGCAUGUCUUUUCUUCUCUUUUCUGGUGAGUUUUGUGAGAGGAAAUAUCAAGGAGAUGUACGACGGAACUUUCCUCUUUCGUUUGCAGGACUGUGAAAGGGUGAGAUGUUGUCUGUUUCUACACACCUUCGAGGGAUACUUGAAUGACAUUGAUCAUGAUUAAGAAGGUUUGCCAUAAGAGAUUUACAUAGAAUUGUAAUUCCUUAGUUUUGGGGGGUGUGUGUGUGUGUGUGUGUGUGUGUGUGUGUGUGUGUGUGUGUGUGUGUGUGUGUGUGUGUGUGUGUGUGUGUGUGUGUGUGUGUGUGUGUGUGUGUGUGUGUGUGUGUGUGUGUGUGUGCACACCCCUUUUUUUACCUUAACUGAGGCGAGGCGAUGCUAAUAGAAACUAAAGCCUCACCAGGUUACUGAUUGGUUAGAGAAUUGGAGCAUCAAACAGGUCCCGGAUCAGUCCUUAAGGUACGGUACCGUCUCAGCCUAAAGCUGAUUGGUUAGAGAAUUGGAGCAUCAAACAGGUCCCGGAUCAGUCCUUAAGGUACGGCCUGAGCCUAAAAGACUCGUCUGCCUCUGCGUGGUUCUCUACCCCCACGUUGCACGAGAGCUCGUUCUGCACGUGAGAUGUUUUGGUUUGCCUGGUUGUCAUGGAGACCGGUGUGACGUCACUGACCACGGACGCUCCGAGCUUCUAAACCACCGCAGCAGAAUUUAUUGGUACUUUUAUUUGUAUUUUUGUAUCAGCACCCGAUAAUGUCGGAGAAAAGACCAAGGAAUAAUAAUCAGGGACGAACAAUGAAAAGCAUUCAUGAAAACACAUUUAGAGAGGAGAGGGAGAGGGUGUACUACACUCUCAUCAGAGUAGUAUAGUAUCAUUAUAAAGUCUCAACAGAAUAGUAAAGUCUCUUCAGAGUAGGCUACUACAGUCUCAUCAGAGUACCGUUAGUACUUCAGUCUUAGAGGGCUUCACCACGUUGGAUGUAUAAAUAUAGCUGGAUAUAUGAAGUAUCCACAGCGAGAGGCAGCCUCCAACCCGUGGUUCUGCCUCAGGGAGACGUCUCUCAUGGUAAACGUUGCGGUUCAGCACUUCCCCGCUGCGUCAUUCUUUCGUUUUUAAAGUAGGCCUACAUCAGCGUUCUGCAAUCUUAAAACUCUGAACGGUACGCCUUACAUUUUAAAACUUUAAUGUUACAUGAUUUGAUUUUUUUUUUAAAGGGCACUCACAAUACCGUG